AAAGAAGAAGAUCUUAGAAGCUAGUAGUGUCGAAACGUCAACUUGUUAGUCUGGUAUUUUCUGUAAAUUCGUCAAGUGGGACUCAAGAUGAUUAUCCCCGUUCGCUGUUUCACCUGCGGCAAGGUAAUUGGAAAUAAAUGGGAAGCAUACCUAGGAUUGCUUCAAGCAGAAUACACUGAAGGUGACGCUCUCGAUGCUUUGGGGUUGAAGCGAUAUUGCUGUCGAAGGAUGCUGUUGGGGCAUGUUGAUUUGAUCGAGAAAUUGCUGAAUUAUGCUCCCCUUGAAAAGUAGAAUCGUUAGUGACAUAAGCAAUACGGAUGUAAUUAAUGGCAAGGCAAAUGAGUGGUUAAAUAUAAGUUAUUUAAUAUAA